UCUGCGAGGCCAGAGCUGUCCCCGUCCCUGGGGAGGGGACAAGGGUGGGGAUCUGUCCCCAGCCCCCAGCACGGCGAAGCUUGGCCAGGUCCUCACCGGGCAUGGGGACAGUGACAAAUCCCCCUCAGGACGCACCCCCGGAGGGACAUUUCCAGUUCCGUGUCAUCGUCCUGGGGGAUGCGGCGGUGGGGAAAUCCUCGCUGCUGCGCUGCUUCGCCGAGGGUGGGGACAGCGUGGGGACAGCCACCCCCUGUCCCACCAUCGGGGUGGAGUUCUACAGCCGCACUGUCCCCCUGCCACCCGCAGGCAGGGCCAAGCUGCAGCUCUGGGACACGGCCGGACAGGAGAGGUUCAGGUCCAUCACGAGGUCCUUCUACCGGAGUGCAGCGGGGGUUCUGCUCGUGUUCGACCUCACCAACCGAACCUCCUUCGAGCACGUCCCCGAGUGGCACCGCGAAGCCACCGCCGGUGACCGCCCCCCCGCCUGCGUCCUGGUGGGACACAAGUGUGACCUGGUGGCCCAGAGAGCUGUGACAGCCGAGGAGGCCGGGGAGCUGGCUGCCACCUUGGGCAUGGCCUUCGUGGAGACCUCAGUUCGGGGCAACCUCAACGUGGAAUUGGCUUUCCAGACCCUGGCCGAGGGCAUCCAGGGGGCUGCGGGGGGGCUCGUUCCUCACCAGGGCUCUGGUGGCAUCAGGGUCAUCCCCAACCACAGCCCCCGCCCGCCCCCACCACGGGGGGAGCCCUGGGAGCGCUGCCGGUGCUGAUGGGGACAGUGGGGACGUGGGACCCUCCUGGGGGGAUGCUUUUCCCCUAGGACAUGCGUGGGGCUGCGUGUCCGUGUCCCCGUCCCCCUUGGGGCUCAUUUCGAGCCUUCAUUUGAGGGGUCUGGAAAAAAAAAAUCCCGAUGUUUGGAAGAAACCUGAGCUUUUCCCACUCGCAAUAAAGGCCGUGGGCAGGGCAGGGACACCUGAGGAGGCUUUUCCUCUGGGACAUGCGUGGGGCUGCGUGUGCCCGUGUGCCCGUCCCCUUUUGAGCUCAUUUUGA